CUUGACACAAAACGUUUCUGGUCUAUUAUGGCGUCAACUCAUACAUCAAAACGUGAUUGCCUUAAAAAUAUUCAUGCUUCAAAGAUUGCAAAAAUCAAAUGGCACUUAAUUAAUACAAAAUCAUCAACAAAUUUAACUCGAACCCCAAUGCCAAUUGAUGCUAAUAUAAAUCCAGCCUUUGCAGUAAAUGAAGUUUCACAAGGUGAAGUGGAAGAAAUUUGA